GGCCGCGGCGCAGGGGGCGGGCCCGCGGCGCGCCACCGGAGGAGGAAGUGGUGCGGUUGUUGCUCCCUCUGCGCCCAGUGCUGUCUCCCGGGGCGCGGAGAGGGGCAGCUGUCGCCACCGCUGCGUCGCCCCCUCUACUACUCUUUCCCUCCAUGUGCCCCGGCGCCGUCGCUCCCCUUCCUCAGGCCGCCGCUUACCCCGGGGUCUAUGGAAGUAAUGGAAGGACCCCUCAACCUGGCUCAUCAACAGAGCAGACGAGCAGAUCGUUUAUUAGCUGCAGGGAAAUACGAAGAGGCUAUUUCUUGUCACAAAAAGGCUUCCGCAUACCUUUCUGAAGCCAUGAAGCUCACACAGUCUGAGCAGGCUCAUCUGUCACUGGAAUUGCAAAGGGAUAGCCACAUGAAACAACUCCUCCUCAUCCAGGAGAGGUGGAAAAGGGCAAAGCGGGAGGAAAGGUUGAAAGCCCAGCAGAGCACAGACAGGGAGGCGGCCACCCCGCUGCAGGCAUCUCACAGGCCCUCUUCUGAGGAUGCCGAGGGCCAGAGCCCCCUUCUCUCUGAGAAAUACAGCCCUGCCACCGAGAAGCAUCUGCCUGAAAUUCAGGGGGUCUUUGACAGGGAUCCAGACACACUACUGUUUUUACUUCAGCAGAAGAGUGAGCCGGCCGAGCCGCGCAUCGGAAGCAAAGCCCCCAAAGAUGAUAAGACAAUUAUAGAGGAGCAGGCGACCAAGAUCGCUGAUUUGAAGAGGCACGUGGAAUUCCUUGUGGCUGAGAAUGAAAGAUUAAGGAAAGAAAACAAACAGCUAAAGGCUGAAAAGGCCAGACUUCUCAAAGGCCCAGUAGAGAAGGAGCUGGAUGUUGAUGCUGAUUUUGUAGAAAAGUCAGAGCUGUGGAGCCUGCCACCACAUUCUGAGACUGCUGCGGCCUCUUCGAGCUGGCAGAAGUUUGCCUCGAACACGGGGAAGGCCAAGGAUAUUCCCAUACCCAAUCUUCCGCCCUUGGAUUUUCCGUCUCCAGAACUUCCCCUUAUGGAGCUCUCGGAGGAUAUUCUGAAAGGAUUUAUGAAUAAUUGAAAAUGGAAGGCCAUAAAAAAGCUGAGAAGACAAGACAAAUAAUAGAGUAAUACAGUUCAUCCAGAAAAAAAAAAAGGGAAAACCACACAGAGGGUAACUGCAGAGAUGCGCCGUUGGGGGAGAGGCAGCGCGGGGGCCGGGAAACGCUCACUGUGAAACGCGUCACGUGUCUGAUGGGGCACUUGCGCUAAGGAUUCCAGACGGGGCAGACACUAGACUCUCGGAGGCUCACUUUCUCCUGAUACAAACCAAAUGGCUACCUGGAAUAAUUUUUCGAGCAGCAGUUAUUUUUCUUCAGGGUUAAAAUGUAUAAAAGUAUGUUAUGUAUAAUUAAUCUGUAAUGCCAUAAAAUGAUGCAAAACCUAAAUAAUAUGGCGGCCUGAAGGGCCACCUUGUAUUUGAAACAUGCUUUCUAUCAUGCAUUGACUGUAUGCAUUUUGUUACGCACAUUUCUUUUGUUGAAUAGGUGUGUAAGACACACCUUUCUAGAUGAAACUCUGUGUGCCACACUUUGCACUACUCAUGAUAUAAUGAGAACCUCAAGACUAUCAGGAGAGAUUUAAAUUUCCAUUGUAUGAAGAAAGGAACCAAAUUGUUAGUUAUGCUUUUUUUUUAAUUACCAGUUUACAUAAUUAAUCAGGGUGCAUUUUAAGUUCUAACUUUUUUGUUUAUUGUUUAAAUGUAUCAUUUGAAAGUACUAAGGAAGUAUCCUUUACUGAUGCAUGAGUGGAAGUAAUGGUAGUUGGCAGUGUUUGAUUGUAAGAAGUCAAUAAAGUAAUUGUGUUUUAUA